GGUCUUCGCUGUGUGCUGUAGAGCAACUUUGUGUGUUUUGUGUGUGGACUUUUCCUCCCCGAGUGUGUGUGUGUAUUUGUGUGUGUCUACAGUUUAGAGUAGCUUUUAAAGAAAUCUCCCCCAUAGCUGUGACAGGAAAAUGGCUGCCGACGGUCCAAUAUUACUGCAGAAAGACAACACCUUUACAAAGCUGUUUGUUGGUGGCCUGCCAUACCACACCACAAACGAGACCUUGUACGACUUCUUUGCUCAGUUUGGUGACAUUGAAGAAGCUGUAGUCAUUCACGACAGGGUCACAUCUAAAUCCAAAGGAUAUGGAUUUGUGACAAUGAAACAUAAAGAAGAUGCAGAGAAAGCUUGUGCCAAUCCUAAUCCAGUCAUAGAUGGAAGGAAAGCAAAUGUCAACUUGGCAUAUCUCGGAGCAAAGAAUAAGCAGCAGACACCAACUAGUCCUCUAACUGGUUAUACAUUAGGGAGAAGUGAAUCACCAAAUGGUCUAUUCACAUUCCAGACACAGUCGCCAACACACAAUAUGGUUCCUCCAUAUUUCCUCCCUUCUCCUCCUCCUCACUUCUUCCCAGCUGCCGAUGGUCAGCCUGCCUUCAGUCCGCCCCCACACUUAAUUAAUCCGAUGUUCCUCCCACAGUUUUUUAACGGAAGUCCUCCUCCAUUUGGUGGUUACAUGUCGCCUCACAUUCCUCAUAGUACGGCCCAGAAACACAAUAAUCACGGACAACAACAACAACCACAACAACAAUACGUCUCUUUUAACAUUGCAAACUAAAAAUAACAUUAACAUCUUAUACUAGACUAUAUCACAUUAUUAUUAU